AUGGAUCAAGAGGCUUUUUUGCGUGAGAAGAUUGAAAAAGCACAAGCGCAAUUGCAAAAGUUGCGUGAUGAAAAUCGAGUUAUGAAGGCUCGAAAAAUUAUGUGGGGUUGUAUCGAAGGAAAUAUUAAUGUGUGUCAACUCGGUGAAAAGGAUCUCAAAGAUUUGAGUUCUGUUAUUGAUGACUAUCUCAAUAGCCUUAAAAGCAGGGUUGAGUACCUUAAGAAGAAUGGUGAGUCUUCUUCUUCUUUACCUCCUCGUGUUGUCCCAUAUCUUAACGUUGAAGAGGAUGCGGACGUUCCUUCAAUGGAUGGUAGCCACCACUAG